AUGGUUCGAGUUCAGAAGCUGACUGCUGAGGCUCUGUUGAGCGACCCGAGGCGCAGCCCGGCGGUUCCAAACAGAGAUGGCACGCAUGCUCUCUAUACCGUCUCGACGCAUAUCCUUGGCGACAAGACAACCCACGAGCUGCGUGUUUUCAACCUCCAGACGGGAAACUCCAAGCAGAUUUCCAACGAUGCUGGAGUCCACGACGCCAUGUGGAUUCCCACCACAGAGCUCGAUGUCAUCUACCUCCGCUUUGUCGACAAGGGUCGGACUCAGGUCAUGGUGGCAUAUGCCGGAGAUGUGUCUGUAGAGCACUACCUGGCGGCCGAAAUCGACGCGCCUGUGUCGAAUUUAAAGCUCAAGGAAUUGAGCAAUGGAAAUGUCGCGUUUGUAGUCACCGGCCUUGUUGGCGAUACUGGGCUAUAUAAUCAGGAAGUUGCCCAGAAGGGAUCCUCAGCAAAGUUGUAUGACACGGAGAUUCCUAUAUGGAAUGCAUCUCGGAGACCGAAUAGGUGCAGUCUUUGGUACAACGAGCUAGUGCUACACGAAGGCUGCUGGGCACUCCAAGGCCAACUAUAUAACUUGAUUGACGAUAUAGAUUUGGAGGCCCCAUCUCGCAUGUAUACCGACAACCCCUGCGACGAGUUUGACAUUUGUGGCGAUGGCAUCGUCUUCUCUUCCAGAAAUCUGAGAGAGCGGGGGCCGGGUGGAAGCCCUGCCACGUCCAUCUAUUUUGCCCACCUGGAUUCCUUCUCCCUACCUGCGGAGGCGAUGCCAAGGCAAAUAUUUAUACCCACCAGCUUUGAGCCCGCUUCGAUAACAAACGUCAGAUUUUCGCCAGAUGAAUCGGCCGUUGGCUUCCUCUACACGGCAUACGAAGACCCCUACAACACUCGGCUAUACCUGGGCUCUGUUGAGUCGCUGGAUGCUUUUGACGUCUUCAGCCUUGUUACCUGUGUUGAUGAUGAUGACCCGAAUCCGCCAAACGCCUUUGAAUUUGUCGGUGGCUCUGACUCUGUGAUCUUGAGGAGCCACCAUUUGGGCCACCAGGCGCUCUCCCAUCUCAUGCUAGAAGACGGAGCUGAGCCGAAAGUCUUCUUUGCCGGCAGCAGCUGUGCUGCUUUUUACCCUCUGCGGCAUGGGGACUGGGAUCAUCUCUUGGUAACAUCGUCUAACUUCAUUGACAGCAGCCUGUGGCAGAUUGUUCGAGUUUCAGAUGCUAGCAUUGUGAGAACCGUAUCUUCGGCAACCAAGAACGGAGCCAAGUUUAACCUUUCCUCUAGCAUGGUGAUGGAUUCUUGGUUUGAAGGGGCCAAUGGAUAUUUCAUCCAUAGCUGGUUGAUACUACCAAAAGACUUUGACGAAAACCACAAGUACCCUUGGGUGCUGGUGCCUCACGGCAGCCCAGCUAUGGCCUGGAACAACGAGUGGUCAACGAUGUCCAAUUUUGCUGCUUGGGCGACCCAGGGAUACGUUGUUGUACUGCCAAAUAUCACCGGCAGCAGCGGAUAUGGGCUAGAUUUCGUGAGGCGAAUCAAAAAUAAGAGAGGAGAGGGGCCUUUUCAAGAUCUCCUCGCUCUUAUUGAUUACCUUGAAGGUAUUCCAUAUAUAGACAGUGGAAAGGGUACCAUUGUGGGAAGCAGCAGUUCAGCAUAUCUUGUGAACAAGGUACUAGGCCACGAAGCUGCUAAGAAGUUUUGCUGUGCAGUCUACCAAAGCGGAACAAUCGACCCUCCUGUGUCCUUUUUGCCGAAAGAGCCUGUCUUUGACAACUUUGACAAACUCGACGCUUCUUACCCUUACGCGGAGCCGGAGACGAUAUACGAGAAUGACAUGGCUAGGUCGACUUUCUUUUACGGCUGGAAGAAUGCACCGCCGACGCUUAUUAUCCACGGCGAGAAGGACAAACAAUGUUCAAUUACAGAGGCACUAACUGCAUUCAAUUGUUUGCAAGCUCAGAGUGUUCCCAGUCGGCUCUUGACGUUCCCAGACGAAGGAAAUGUUGUCACCAAACCAGAGAAUAUCGUAAUGUGGUACAAUGUAGUCUGGGACUGGGUGAAAAAGUGUGUUGAAGAGGACGUUCAAAGAGAAGACAUCUUCUAG